CCUGGGCCGGCUCCUUGGCAAUGUUAUGUGGAAUCAUAGGGUUGACCACAUGGAAGACGUCAGUGAUGAUUUUGAAAAAACUGCUUAUUCUGCUGUCUAUCACCUGUGUUCUGCUGAGCUUGGCUGGACUUAUAUUAGGAUGUCAAGACAUUGAGUUUUUGUCCAGAGUACCCAGAUGCAACUUGAUGGAUAAGGAAAACAAGACUUGUUUCUGCUGUGAAGAAAUUAAUCUCACUAAAUGCACAGAAGUAGAGACUGUACUGAAGGCAUACUAUGUGAAGUCAUGCAGUUCUGCUCACCUUCUUCUCAAGAAAGUUCUCUUAGGUCAUUGUGCCCUGAAUGCUCUCACCACUACAGUUUGCUUGACAGUGGUUGCCCUGCAUUUCUGGCAGAUAUUUGAAUCAAGAAGAUCCUGCCUAGGUGAACUUCAGAUUGAAGACCAAGAUGACAGUUUGGAUCCUGAUGGUUUUGUCCCACUGGUGCCACCUCCCUCCUAUUUUGCAACUUGUAAUUCUGGUCCUCCCCAAACAAGUCACAGGACACUUGGGCUUUCAUUGCCCAAUGCUUAUGCAAGGCGAAUCAAUGGUGCUGAAGUGUUCUUCCAUCUGGAACCACCUCCUCCUUAUGAAGAUGUGCAGAGCUCGAACACCUCUGAGCAGGGAGGUGCACUACAGUAAAUGUCAUGAACUGUGUUGAUUCGGUGGAAGUGAGUGAAGGGCAGGACUCUCAAGCUGAAGAAAUCUGUGAGUCUGCCAGCAGAGCAAGCCUUUCUCCUUCAAAUGCGAGCUGCAGGUCUGAAAGAGUGAACAGGAGAGCUCUCAGUUCCUUGCAGAAACAAUCUAAAAGUUGACUUUGUGCUUCUGCACUGCCACUCACCCCAAGAUGACUUUAUUUUCUUUAUCUGUGGUUAUGUAAUGGUUCCUUAAAAGAACGUUUUUUAGAAGAUGAUGGCACCUGCCCAGGAGGCCAUGUCAUUGAGAGUCCAUGUGCUACCUUUCAGCUGGCAUCCUGGAGAGCUGUGAGGACCUGACUACUUUCACCACAGAUGAAGAUCAGCUAGCAGAGAGGAGGAUCUAAGGAGCAGAACAUGAAUGGUCUCACAGUCGUCUGGGAAACUGUACUUAAAGUACUGUUUAAAACUGGUUUCUGGUUAUUCCUGAGCAGAGCACUUCUGUCAGACAUAUACAUGCUCCACAGGAAAAUCAUGUCUGACAAGGGGUGGAAAAGUGUGUCAAUAAUCUUACUUACUUUUUUAAUACUCUGAUACACAGACAAAGCGUAUUAAGCAGAUUGCAAGCUGACCUUUUCUAGGCUCUCAGUUGCAUAGUGUGAUACGUUGCUGUCCUGUUGCAUCUCUUUGAAGUUUGGUAACAUGCAGUUUUGAGGUAUACAUCAUUCUUGUGGAAGGAGUUGUCAAAAGCAGUAUCAAAGAACUUUGCUUAUUAUCAGUACUUUUGUUUGUAUUAAAAACUCCAGUGACAAAAGUAGACCUCAAGAUACUAUGUAAGUUAGUAAAAAAAAUUGUGUUCAGAAUUUUAAAAUUAUUCUUUAUAAAAGAUGGUGUUGGUUUGCAAACUGAAAAUAUAAAGAAGUGCUCUUUUGGCUCAGUGAACUUCUCACUUAAUGGCAGAAUAUUAUUCUUGUCUUAGUGACACAGCAAAAACCAAAACCAAACCUCCAAAGCCACAGGUGUUUUUCAACACGAGGUGCUGGCUUGUUACCAUCCCAGUAAGAAAGGCGCUCUCUGUAUAGUCUUAUUUAAGAUGCUGUUUAUUAGAGCAGAUAGUAUGAAGAAAGAAGAUAGUAUAGAUAAUUUUAUAUCCCUUCAGAUGCUGAGAAUCCCAAAUUGUGCAACAUCAAACAGGGGGUAACAAGUUGUAAAGAUCCCAUCCAUUUUACCCCAUAUUGAUCAUUGGAGGUAUUUCAAGGUUUUUCUAGCAGAAAACAAUUCCAUUCAUCAUUUCUACUGUCAAAUUGAAGGACGUUCAUAUAAACGUUAAAUAAAAAGGAUGUUUACAUGGGACUUUACUGCUGCACUUCUAGACAAAGGUAUGGAAAAAUGUACUACUGAGUUAUCUGCCAUUUUGAGUACCACUGGAGCUGCUUUCAGGCUCCUUUCUUACAAUCAACCAGCUAAAUUUAUCCUGUGGCAAAGGAAUAUCCCUGAAGGUCCAGCUGUAGAAGCUGCACAGAGCAGCACAGCACAGGCCUAGCCCUACUCAGGUUAACGGACACAUGGAUCACCAACUCUUCCAUGUACUGUGUUCUUCAGGUCAGGAUUGCUGCCAUAUGCUUCUGAACUGAACAUUUAUUAGAACUGCAGUCCCAGCCCUGUUCUCAAACACUGUCAGUCCCCACAGGGCACCAGCAUCACCUCUUCAGCCUGCAAGCCAUGGGUGCUGGAACUGUGGUAGGGCCCGCUUGUGCGCUGUGUGGAUCAGUAAAACACUGAAGGGGAGAGCAAGAAAAAUGUCCCCUGUGAAUAAGGCAAAUCUGUGAAAUUUGUACCUGUACUGCUGAAGUAAAGACUUAUGUUUAUCCAGUGAAAUGCAGAAAAGUUUGUAAUACAGAAAUUGGUAUGUAAACCUCUAACAAGAAUGGUAAUAAACAGAAGGAUGGAGGGUGGCACUCAGGGAAACACAGAAAGCAAGCUCAGCCUGUCUGCUGCACCCUUUACCAGAGACUUCACAAUUUCUCCAAUCUAUCACUUAAGCAAAUGAGGUGAAAUUCUUCAGUAUCUGAUGUUGACAACAUUUGUAUUUCAUAUUAUGAAAAGUCACUGAGUGGCUGAA